CUUAAUAUUUGAUUUUAAAUUCAGUAAAGUUGUAAAAUAAGGAUUAAAAAAAAAGUUUAAAAUAUGUCUACUUCUAUGGAAGAUGUCCUUUUGCAAGUUUCUCAAGUGAGAUAUAAAAAAGGAGAUGGUACACUUUUUCUUAUGAAUCAAAGACUAAUUUGGAUGGUAGAAAAUAGGGAUACUGUAGCCGUAUCACAUCCUUAUGCUGAUAUUAAAUCUCAGAAGAUUUCCCCAGAAGGAAAAGCCAAAGUACAGUUGCAAGUUGUACUGCAUAAUGGUAUGUCAUCUACAUUCCACUUUACAAAUAAAAAUGGUUUGCAAGCUCAACUUGCAGAUAGAGAUAAAAUCAAAGAAAUGCUCCAAACCUUGUUGCCAAAGUUCAAAAGAAAGGUCGAUAAAGAACUGGAAGAAAAAAAUAAAUUACUUUCAAGCAACCCUGCACUGCUUCAGUUAUAUAAAGAUCUAGUCAUGACGGAAGUAGUUUCAUCGGAAGAGUUUUGGUCUCAACAUGCACAACAAUACACUCAAAAACAAAAACAACAGCCUCAGGAAAUAGGAGUUUCUGGAGCAUUUCUAGCUGAUAUUAAACCUCAAACAGAUGGGUGUAAUGGACUGAAAUAUAAUCUUACUUCUGAUAUUAUUGAAUGUAUAUUUAAGACAUAUCCUGCAGUAAAGAAAAAGUAUACUGAUAAUGUGCCUUCAAAAUUAACGGAAUCUCAGUUUUGGACAAAAUUCUUUCAGUCGCACUACUUUCACAGAGAUCGCAAGUAUGCAGAGAGCAAGGACAUUUUUACUGAAUGUGGCAAACUAGACGACCAAGAAAUGAAAAAAGAUAUACAAAAAGGAGUGGAUGAUCCAUUAGUAAAUUUGACAGAAUUUGAAGACAAGACUUUGGAUGAAGGGUAUGGUACUUCUACAACAAAACUAUCAACGAAUACGGGAACUGUUAGUCAGGCUAUGAUAAAGAGGUUUAACCAGCACUCGAUAAUGGUAUUGAAAGCAACAAAAAAUAAGGAAAAUGACACAGCUGCCCAAAACAGUACUGAUUCAAAGACUUCUGCCUCAAAUGAUUCUACUGCAAAUACUUCUGAUAAACAAGAAGGUCCUGUUAAUAAGAAGCAAAGGAUUCUCGAAAAAAUCAGUUACGAUGACUUGGAAGAUACUGACGAAAAUAAAAAUAGGGCAGCCAGUCAACUAAGUUUGUCCAAGGUUGAAAGAUACUUACAUGGUCCCACACCAGAUGCUGCAACCGAAUACUUAAAUCCUAACGAGGUAUCUUCAGUUUUAAGAGGAGUACUUCAAGAAACAAAACAGUGGACACACAAGCAUCCUUCCAAUAACUUAGUAUCUCCUACCGCAGCUGUUGGAGCUUUAGGAGAAUUGUCCCCUGGCGGGGCUUUAAUGAGAGGUUUUCAGGAACAAUCUCUAGCUC